AUGGCAUUGCAAAAUAUUCAAUCACUAGAUAGUAAAAUUCCAGAUGAUAAUUUAAGUAAAAUAAAUAUAAAACAAGAAAUUCCUCAUUUGGAAGUAAAUGAGGAUUUACAAGUUAAAACUGAAAUAGAUCCUCAUGAGUAUAAUGUAUCAAUUGAAAAUCCUUUUGAAAAUAUUCAGCUUGAAGUCAAACAUGAAUAUGUAUCAUCUCUCAAUGUUGAUAAACAAGCUCAAAAUAAAAUUGUCAAUGAAAAUAUAUCAUCAAUUGUUGAGAAAGAUAGGGAAGGAACUGAAAAUUAUAUAUCUCUUGUAACAAUAUUUGAAAAAUCCAAUCACAAAUCUCUGAAGGAAACAAUUACUAACAUGUAUGAUGGCAAUAUAGACAUUAAACAAGAAGAGCAUGUAGAAGGAAAUUCAUUUUAUAAUUCUAACUUUGGUGACAUACAAACUAUGGAUAGUAAUGAACCUAAAGCUUUAAAUAAUGUUGAGGCAUGUCUACAAGAAGACAUAAAAAUAAAGUGUGAAAGUGAGUUAUUUGAGGAUCAAAAUAAUGAUCUGGAGAAGUCAACCAUAAAAAAUGAAAUUGAAUUAACAGUUACUGAAACCCACUUGAUCUCUAACAAAGUUAUAAAUACUACCUCAACUGUCACUAAUCCGCAGGAUGGAUUGAUAAAAUCGCAAACGACUAAAACAUUAGUUAUGGAGAUAUUACCUAUGACACAUCCUGCAGGUGUAUCACUUUGCAAAAUUAGCAAUCCAGAGGAAAUAUUACCAACGUCGUACAUGAGUGAUGAAUGUAACCCAAUGGAUUGUGAUGAAUCGUUCCAACUUAAUUCGAUAACAGGGAAUGUGAUGUCCUUAGAGCAAGAGGCCUAUGGUCUUUUGGAAGCUAAAAGUAAGAUGGACAGAUUAGAUAGACCCUUCGUUUGCACAAAAUGUCCAAAAGCGUACAAAUCCGCAAGUAAUUUAAGAAGGCACAAGCAAGUUCAUGACACUAUCGAAAAACGAGCAAUGGGCAUAAUUAAGGGUCAAAAAACAAGAAUAGCUAAUAUGAAGAAAAAGUUGAAGGAAGAGAAAAAAUAUACUCCCAAGAUAAAAAAGGAGAAAAAGACAAAAAGAAAAACAAAAGUUGAAAACUCUCCCGUUCCAUCAAAGAACACCAUAGUGGAAAGUGUUAAGAAGGAAGGUUAUGAAUGUACUUGUGGGAAAGUUUUCCGACGCAGAAGUCGCAUGGAGACUUGUCUACGAUCACAUAACAUGUGUACAGACCUAAUUUCUUAUUUCCCAUGUGUUACUUGCUCCAAACAAUUUAAAGAUAAAGAGGAAUUGUCACUUCAUCGUAAAAGACUGCAUAGAAAACGUUUUCCUUGCAAAUUUUGUCCCACAGACUAUAACACUCGUAAAGAAUUGUUUAAGCAUUUACAAAUACAUCAAAAAGUUCAAGUGAUGGAGUAUAAAGUAUUAUCAGAAGUUGUGAAAGGAAAGCAAAAGUUGAAAUGUUUCAUGUGCGCGAAAACCUGUACAGAAUUAUCGGAAUUGAAGUCCCAUGUGAUGGACGACCAUAAGGAACCAUACAUCUGUCCACACUGCAAUGGCACUUUUUCGAAAAUCAUCGAUUUUGGCAACCAUACGAAAACCGAUCACCCAGAAGUUGAAGGACAAUCAGUUUUAGAUGUUUUAGAAGCAUUUUCAAAGUUGGUUAAGGCUUGGAAAUGUGAAGAAUGCGGAGUGCAAUUUCAUGAAGCUGACAAACUAGCUCUUCAUCAAAUAGAAAAACAUAGUCCAGAUGUAAAAGUCGAAUCACAAUUUCAAUGUAUAGAUUGUCGAAGGGUUUUCAUAAGUCAAAAAGGCUUAACGUCUCACAGACGCGUCCAUCACAGCACAGAAUGCGCGGUUGAUUCCGAAAUGGUAGAUAAAGGAGUCAUGUGCAUUGAAUGUAGAAAGAUUUGUAAAGACAGCAAUGCUCUGACCUCACACAUGCGUCUUCAUUCCCUAGAAAGAAAGUACCCGUGCAAGUUUUGCGAUUUUCGAUUCGCAACGCCUGAGAAGAGAAAAUCUCACGCGGAACUGCAUACAGGAGACAUGAAAUACGUGUGCUUCAUAUGUGAAUAUCAGUGUAGUUCAGAGAAUCGCUUAAAACAGCACAAGAUGUCGGUCAAACAUCUGAACAUGAAGACGUUUUUGGCGACUGGGAAGUCACUUAUUGAUGAAGAACAAUCAACGUCAAAAAGAACUGAAGCUGAAAGUGCUUUAGAGAAAGAAGAAUGGGUAGUUGUUAAGGAAAAUGAAGAAGUAGAAGAGGAAGACGAUAGUGAUGAGGAGACCUCGUCCAAUGCAGGUGAAGAAUCAACGUGCAAUGUAUGUGGUAAGAAAUUUAAAAGUGAAUCGAAAAUGCUAAGGCAUCAGAACACGCAUCCAUUCAUAGAAAUUCCGAGCGAUGAUAAGCCUACUAGAAUAUUCUUUAAGUAA